CUCACAGGACAGAUAUCACGUGAAAAAGUUGCAUUAGAAUCCUUGGCUUUCCUCUCCAUCUCUACCAACAACCUGACAAAUGCCACUGGGGCUUUUAGGAUUCUAAAGGGUUGCAAGAACCUGACCACUCUGGUCCUGUCCAAGAAUUUUAUGUUUGAGCCUGUGCCAGAUGAUGAAAGCCUAGGAGACCCAGAUGGAUUCCAGAAUCUUCGGGUUUUUGCUCUGGGGGGUUGCCGAUUCACAGGUCAAGUACCCACCUGGCUAGGCAAGCUUAAAAAUCUUCAAGUCUUGGACCUGUCAUUUAAUCUUAUAACUGGUUCUCUACCCGGUUGGUUGGCUAGUCUGCCCAACCUUUUCUACAUUGAUUUGUCCAAUAACCGCCUUCAAGGCGGAUUUCAUAAUGUCCUCUGUGGGAUGCCAGUUUUGACAUCGAAAGAGGCCAGUGAUAAGGUGGACAGAAGUUAUUUAGAGUUGCCAGUAUUUAUGAAGCCCAAUAAUAAUGCUACUGAUCUGCAGUACAAUCAACUGUCCAACCUCCCUCCAGCCAUAUAUCUGAGUAACAACAGCCUUAAUGGCAGUAUCCCCAUUGAGAUUGGCCAACUGAAGUUUAUUCAUGUGCUGGACCUGAGUCACAACAACUUCUCUGGCAGCAUCCCGGAUCAGAUUUCUAACCUCACCAAUUUAGAGAAAUUGGAUCUUUCUUAUAACCAACUAUCUGGCAAAAUCCCUGCUUCUCUUAAAGGUCUGCAUUUCCUGUCUUCCUUCAGUGUGGAAUACAAUGAUCUUCAGGGACUUAUACCUUCCGGAGGCCAGUUUGAUACUUUUACCAUCUCCAGCUUUGAAGGAAAUCCAGGCUUAUGUGGCCCUCCAACUCCCAAGCGCUCUUGCCAUCAAAGCCAUCAAAGCCCUCAAAGUCCUCCACAAGUACUUGAAGUUACUCAGAGAUCUAAGACACAGACGAUUCUUAUUGCACUCAUCUUUGGAAUCUUCUUUGGCAUUGGCUUUGGUAUUGGUUUUAGCAUGGAUGAUAAAAAAAUUCCGAUAAUUGGCAGGCGUAGGAAGUAA